CCGGAAGUAGUACGUUGAGCGUACGACUGAGCGCAUGCACAUGGAAAUGUCUCCUACCGGCGUGCUGGAACUAACGUUACCUAAUGCGUGCAUGAAAUCCUGUUUGGAAAUUCGGAACAUUCGAUCCGGGUUCGAGCGCGUUCAGGCGGUGAGCCAGGUGACACGGUUAUGUCAAGUUUAUGGCAGCAGGACUCAUCAAAGAACGGAAACUUCAGUGGCGUGAAAAUGAACGGCAAAGGCACUGGUAUAGGGGCUCCAACCCCAGCAGUGGUGGGGUAUUUGGGAAAAUGUGAAGACAGAAAUGCCUCACCUGGGAACUGUCCUUGGUGCUUGGCAAAAGGUCAGACAAAUGCCCUCCGCUUUUAUGCUCUCAACUUGGAGGAGACUGUCAUGCUCUGUACAAAUCCAGUGUGUCUUUACCCUUUGGUUAGUAGAUCUUUGGAAGAUGUGCGUGCUGGUUUGUCUAAAGAUGGAUGCAAGAGGAAAGUUUCUUCCCUGUCCGAUGUCGAUGAUGCAUCCUCUUCAAACAGUCCUUCAAAGCGAUCGAGAGAGGAGAAACUGGACAUUUUGUCUGUUGUGUCUGAGCCAUGUGAUGCUGAUGUCAAUGACGCCACCCUUCCAAAAGCUGCUGUUAAAACACAAAUGUUUAAUGGUGAACAAUCAAUACUUGGAAUGACUGUCUCUAUUAAUGGCACUGAGGAACAACAUCCAAAAGAGCUACCUGCUGCUACCCAUGAGGAUUUAGAUUUGUGUGACAAGAAGGAUAUUUGUGUAUCUAGUACUCAAGAUGAGGAUGAGGAGAUCCUCGGAAUUGAUGUAGAUAUGGAAUCAUCAGAGCUUGUUCCUGUGCAACCACAUCUCUUCUGGAAAAAUGAGGACAACCUGUGUUGGUUGGAUUCAUUGUUGGUGAUGCUUGUGUACUGCAAGACCAUCAGAGAGACUCCAUGUCAGAAUGUAAAGCUAAUAGACAAGUUGACAUCAGUGCCUUGCAGCAACUCUGCUGUGUGGAACCUUUGCUCUACAUAUGAUAAGACUUGUGCAUAUCUAAAAGCCAAGGAGCAACAGUGUGAAGAAAAGGUAACCAGAGUCCCUGCUGAUGUCCUGGAUGAGGCAGAACGGCGGCUGUCUGAGCUCCGUCUGUCACUCUUCAAACUCAUUCAGCCUACACUGAAGUGUGAAAUUGGUCAGCAGGAAACACCUGUGUUUGCACUCCCUCUCCUUCUACGGUCAGACAAGUGGGCUCAGGAUCUUUUCCAGCAUACUGUCCGUUGGGAAUUUAAGUGCACUUCAUGUAGUUAUACUGUAAGCGACAGUGUUGAGAAGACUCUUACAACGUUCACUCAGAUUCUGAAUGAUUGGCACCCAUUAAAAGCCAUUCACCGCACUCAGUGCAAUAACUGCAACCGUAAAAACCAGAGGAGGAAAAUGGUGCUUGAAAGGUUGUCCUCUGUGUUUGCGCUGCACUUUGUAGAGGGCUUGCCCAGGAAAGACCUCUCUAAAUACUCGUUCGAGUUCCAGGACGUGCACUACAAUGUUAGCACUGUUAUUCAGUACAAUAAACAUCUUCAGCACUUUGUCACUUGGAUCCGUCAGAGCAAUGGCUCAUGGCUGGAACUCGAUGAUUUGAAACACCCUUACUGCAUGACCCACAAGAGGUUUUCAUUUCCUGCCAAUGAAAUUCACAUUAUUUUCUGGGAGGCAGACUCCACUAAAGAUGAAGCUUCAGAGGUUUGCUCACUGACAGCUCCCUCGGCGGUCACAAAUGUCGACGAUAAACACCCGCACGAACUGUCAGACUCUGUAGCCGAUGACACAUGUGUCAUUAACGCGCUCACUGUGGGAGACUCCACUGCUGCCAGCACUCUGGAUGCAUCCAUUGGAAGCACCACAUUACUGGACACAUUUGAGGGUCUGUCACAUACGGACAUUGUGACCCUCACUCUGGUUGAUGUGAACGGAGCCACUGAGGAUGUUAAGAUUCCCCAGAGCCCAGCCGUCAAGCCAGCCACUCUCCCUAGUCUUCCAGUAGCAUCUAGUUUGUCUUCUAAGACCUCAAGUUGUCAACCUUCAAACCCUCCAAAACCUCAAACCCCUGUGGCCAGUCCAGUUGUGAUGAGAUCAUCAGAGACUACAAAAGUACAUGCACCACCACCUCUGUUGUCCUCGCUACUUCAACGGCAUCCAUCCUUCCAUUCUACACCAGCGAGACUUCCUCCUCCUGCUCCAAAACCCAUUCUGAAAUGUGACAAUGAAGCUCUACCAGCAAAGCCGGCCGACAUGUUUUGUGGCUUCAUAACCAAGAAGUCGCCAAAUUCAAGUGGCGUGAAUCCUGCUGUAGCGCCUCAACACAAACCAGUCACUCUUCCUGGUGGCAUGUGUCCGCCUGUUAAGAGAACUCCAAGCCUUUCAGCAGACCAGCAGCCCAUUAACACUACAGAAGCCCUCAGGCUAAAGCUAAUGAAAAAGCUCAAGGCCAAGAAAAAGAAACUGGCCAAGCUAAACCAGCUUCUGGGAAGCAAAGGAGAAGCUGCACCCAGACCGGACAGCACAGCCCUCUCGUCGCCCUACUCCGUCACCUCCAGUACCUCGGCUUACGACAGCCCAGCAUAUGACCAGUUCUUCGCUGAGCUUUUGUCACCUGUGACGACCGCCAGUAACCUCUCACCUGACAGCACGGGUCUCUUGGAGAUGUUGAACAAUGGCCAGAAUGGCGAGACUACAAUUGGAAGCGCACAGCAGAAUUCUUCAGUAGCAACUGUGGUUCCAGAAGCAACUUUAACCUACCCGUCUUCUACUAAUGACUCCAUGUUGACUUUUGAUGAAUAUAUACAAUCAGGGAUGGGCCAAACUGCCAUUGAGAACACCGAUUUUAAUGGCUUAGAUAUAUUUUUCUGAUUAAGAAAAGCUUUUAGACUUUAAAAACCAUGAGAUUGGUCUGAUGUCUCAAGUUGUUCCUAAGAACUGUUCUUUGUAGUUUUGUAUUGGGAAAGGAAGACUUUUGUUAGGAAAGCAUGUGGUUCGUCAUCAGUUUAUAUUUUGCCUGAUCUACUUGAAGUCUAAAGAACAUUAAAUGGCGCAGUGUACGCAAUGUUUGAAGAUCAAAUUAUGAACAAUAUACUUUUGUAAAGUUUUGUACAGCAUUGUACAGUUGUCUGUUUAUUAAUGUUUUUUUGAGUUGUCUUUUUUUUAUGGUUAUUUAAACAGUUCAUAUUAAAUGCUGUGAAACUGAA